CGCAACGUGAAAACAAGAUGGGUUUCCUAUUCAACAAGACUUUCCACGGCUGUCACGACAUUAACUUCGAGCAGGACAUGCACUAAAACAUGGUCCUGGUCUUGCCAAAAUUGUCGCAGAUGCAGGUGAGAUCUGUUUUCGCUUGUCCAUUUAAAAGUAGGGUUAGAAGUAGUCUAGUGUUCGAGGCAUUCUCGGCUCGCAAACCCUGGACAACGGAAGCGGAAAAGGGACAAUCCAGUAAUAUUUUGUAAAUCCAAAAAAAUAGUGUGAGCCGGGAUGUCACGGAGACUCUAAGUGGGGGCAACCAGACAAGGGAGAACGCCUAGGAACUAGCAUACUCAAAAAACCCCAGAAACUGGAAGGGAGAGAGAUCGGGGCUUGGGAAACAUUCAGUUUGUUUUCGUGAAUACAGUUGACCUUCUCUCUACAGACAUUCGAUUACGGACAGUUCUCUUAGACCAGGAAAUCCCUACCUCUAUAGUACGCUCAUGGACACCUCUAUAACAUUCACGUGCAUUGGUUCAUCGCUAAACCGAUACCUAGCUUGCAGCCAUGUUGUAAACCUGAAUUAGCGUAGAGAUUUCAAGUAAAGUAGAAGGUUGCUUAUUGAUUCUAAAAAGCCCAAAUAAAAAAAUUGAGACAUUGAUUGACUGUCCGUCUUAGAGAGAGUCGCGGUAACGUGAAACCAGUAAUUUUAAAGCUGAACCCAUUCACAAUGAAAACGUCUGCAGGGGCGUAGCCAGCUUUUCGACUAGUUGUAGGCCUUGCUUACUUUCAUUUCUACAUAUCCUGAAAAUUGCACGCAUGACUAGUACGCACUGACCUCAUCAACACUUUGAGCUCUUAGCUUUUUAGCUCACCCCAACAAUGCAUAAUUAGGCUGAUUUAGCAACAGAACGGGAACGUCAGUUGACGACGGUGCGUGCAAAUCAAACAACCAGAUUGACCAAUGGCAGAGAGCAAAUUGAGCACCGAAAGUCGUGUUUAGUCCUUUCCGCGCGCUUUCCCGUCGUCAACUGAGGUUCCCGUCCUGUUGCUAAAUCAGCCUAUUGAUUACAAGCGAAAGAGUGAUCAAACCAAACAUUUGUAGGCCCGGGCCUAAAGGUCUAUGGGCUGCAUGGUCAGUUCAAUUUAAAUUGUACAGAACAUCUAAAACUGGAACAUAUAUUGUAGCAGAAAAGUGGAAUCAUUUUCUCAUUGUAGAAUCAAACUGAUCAAACGUUCAUUCAUAGAGCAAACGUUCACGGCUUCGUGGUCUAAAAGCGAAACAGUAUAUACUCCCUGAACUGGAGCAAGACGACAAAAUAACAAAUAGCAACUUUGCAUUAUGGUUGCUGGUAAAAAUCAAAAUCAAAGUUCCUGAGCCGGCGGCUAACAACAGACUUUCGUUCAUUGAGCGGUUUCUUAUAGAGAGUUUAGUUACAGUAAAAUGACUGAAAAACGGCAGGGACCAACACCAGGUGUCCGUCCUAGAGAGUCUGUUAGGAGAGAGAGUUGACUGUAUAUGCAUGAAGGUAACGCUCAAAACCGAGGGCUGAAGAGAAAUAAUAUUAUAGAAUAGUAAUAAUGGGAAAACGAGGAGGUUCCGUUUAAGAAGAAAUUAGAAGUAAGCUGUAACACAGUAAGAGCUAAAAACCAAAAGCCAUAUUUACAAGAGCAGGUUAUACCUCAAAACUUCAUUGCUUUAAACUUCCUAUGCGCACGUCUCUGCCGAGGAAGUGUGCUUUGGCCUGUACAUGCUACGAUGGGUAAGUCAUGCAUAGCUCCGUUUUUAUGAUCGGGUGUUAUUUACAAUGAGUUUCUUCUGCACGCAUUAUCUUUUAUUAAGAAAUGUUAGACCUGGGCGCUGAGGGCGAAAUUUACAAGUAACAAUGUUUCUUUCUUUUGUAGAACUACAUACCGUCAAAAAUGGAAAAAUAUUCAUUAUUAUGUGACGAGAUACAAGCCCAUCUAUUAUUGUGCCCACGGGUGGAGGGCAGCCGGGGACGAAUGUACAAUACGUAAGUUACACAAAAAUAGCCACUUUUUUACCUUAUAGUUAUAGGCGGAUUCAUCGUGACGUCACUGUUUACAUUUUUGCUCAUUAGCAUACGAGCUAACCCAUAAACGAUGUAGCCGUAUAUACCAAUUAGGUUAAAAAAUUAAGACAGCUUGUUAAUCUAUGAAGUUAUCAGUAACAAAGAAAAUAGCAGCAAUUAAAAAAUGCAAAAUUGCUGGGUGGCAAAACCUUGAGCUCACACACCCUUUGUAAAUUUUGGGGGUUUUCGAGAGAAUUUCUCCGAAACUGUUUGGUAUAUCGGGCUCAAAUUUUCCAGAGAUUACGGAAAUUAUUGUGCUCUUUUGAGAGUCCGAAACUUCAUUUUAUUAGCUUCAUCAGAUAUUGAUAAGCCGAUGCUAACGAGACAAAAAUGUAAAACAAUAGGUGGCCUGCAACACCAACGAAUUAAAAAAAAUUAUAUUAAUUUCUCCCACCUGAAAUCAAGGACGGAUGGCAUAGAUAAAAUUAUUGAUAAUUUGUAGCUAUUAAGGUGGGAGCAAUCACAUAAUAAUAAUAAUAAUAAUAAUAACAAAAAUGUAAAACAAUAGGUGGCCUGCAACACCAACGAAUUAAAAAAAAUUAUAUUAAUUUAUCCCACCUGAAAUCAAGGACGGAUGGCAUAGAUAUAAUUAUUGAUAAUUUGUAGCUAUUAAGGUGGGAGCAAUCACAUAAUAAUAAUAAUAAUAAUAAUAAUAAUAAUAAUAAUAAUAAUAAUAAUAAUAAUAAUAAUAAUAAUAAUAAUAAAAGAUAAAUUAGGAACGUAGCAGAAACAAUUUAUGUUUCGGAGGGAAAAGCAAAAUAAGUAAUUACAGUUGUGAGCUUUUUAUUUUUAUUAUUUUAAUUUAUUCCAGGACCUCAGUGAUAGGCGAAGCAGAACUGUUUUAGUUUACUCGCCGAGUUACGCAAAAAUCAAUCACACAAAAGAUCUUCCAUUAUUAUUAAUUUCCGCUCUUUCUUAUUUUAAAGCAAUUUGCACAGGCCAACCAGGCCAACCAGGUUGUGCUAACGGAGGCACUUGCAUAAGCCCUGAACGAUGUCGAUGUAUGCCGGGAUGGAGGGGUGCAAAGUGCAGAACGGGUAUGUACGAUGCCGCUUGCAAAGCUACUGAUAACUUGUAUACUGUAUGAAAGCUCUACACCGAGACCAACCUAUAGAAGAUUUAUGCAACAAAUUUUUUCACAAUUUUGACGAACUGAUUCAUGAAUGGCGCAAAAGCUGCACAAUUGUGCAGGAAGGGAAGGGGAGGGAAACAUUACUGUAGCCAAAAAUUGAAUCACGCGGUAGAACUUUAUCUCAUGCAAUAUUAGGGCAAAACGCGAUACAGUAGGUUUUAGUUACUAGAGUUUUGUACAUUAUGCUAGAAUUUUUUCGAGCAUUUUAGUGGUAUUUUUUCCCAGAAAAAAAUUUUUUUCGCAGUGAAUAUAAAAAUUAAAUAUUCAAAAUAUUCAAAUUUCACCUUAAUAAAGCCUUGAAGAGGAACCUUUUUUGUUGUAGGAAAACUAUUAAGUUUUAUACAGUUUUUUUUUUAGUAAUUUUUAGUGACUUUAUUUGAUUUACCACAAAAUACAAAUAACGAUAAAACAAGACAGUUACAUAAAAGCAAAUGAAAGUGGCGAGGAAGCCCAAAAAGAAACCAUGAGGCUUAUAGACAUUGGGCUCCCUCAGAGUAAAAAUAAAGUUAACAGUAACAGUAAGGCCAGGAUCGAAAGUAAAAUACAAUGAAGGUAAGUAUAAAUUAACUAAUUACAUAGACUGAGUUGACAAAAUAUAAGGUAUGGUACAUGUAAGAAUAAGUAUAAAAAUAAUAUCAGACAUGUGAAGAAAUAUAACUAUUUACUACAAGAUUUAUAACUAAUAAUUCAUAUUUAAUUUUUUUUUUCAAUUUCGUUUUGAAUAAGUGCAGAGAAUUAGAUUCUUUAAUAUCAUUUUCUAUAGAGUUAUAAUAAGUAGGUCCUUGGAAACUGACAGAAAAUUUACGAAGGUUUGUUCUACAAAAAGGAAGGUGAAAAUCGUUCGCGUGUCUAGUGGCAUAGCUAUGGACUUGUUUGUUUGACUCCCGAUAACUCGAACCCUCCUAAUUUGAACCUAACACUAACUCGAACCAAAGUGGAUUUCCCCUGGAUUUCCUUCGUACAUUUACUGUAAUUUUACCCUCGGUAACUCGAAACCUCUAUAACUCAAACCUCUGUCUUGUCGCACUUUGUAAUACCUGUCGCACUUGUAAUAAUAGACUUUCUCAAAGUCAUUCGCUUGGUUUUCUGGUCUGGUGUGGUAGGACCCGGCACGAGCUUUCGCUCGCUCGCGCUUCGCGCUCCGCGCUCGUACGAUCGCGCUUCGCGCUCACAGUCGCGCUACGCGCUCAAAAGCUCGACUUGUGAGCAAGUCUAUUGUAAUAACACCUAUCGCACUUUGGAAUAAACUUGAAAUGGUCGGAGGACAAGUAAGCAUACCCAGUCGAACUAGAAAACAAAUCUUGAAAAAUAUUGAUAGUUUGGGUGCCUAAAUUAAUACUUAACAUCUUACUGACAUAUGCUACAUUUAAUGCGUAACCCAGUUUUAUAAAAUACUAGACUUACACACUUAACAGGAAGUAUUUGCUGCAGUCGUGAACAAACUUCAACCUUUAGUAGCAUGGGUUCAUAAAGCAUUUACAUCGAUACCAACAGAUAUAAACGAGUGCUUGACCAAUAAUGGCGGUUGCCAGCAACAUUGCUCUAAUAAUCGGGACGGUUCCUACAGAUGCUAUUGUGAUCAGGGGUACGCCAAGUCUGGAUUCUUCAACUGUCAAGGUAACUCUUAUAUUUCUCUUGAUCUCUUCAAGGGUAAUCAGACUUAAAUUGAUCAAAUUAUGAUUUGCUCACGAAGUUUUUUUCUCGUGUUAGGUGCAGGCUACAGUCAAAUCUCUUGAGUCAGCUCCCUGUACUACCGAAAUGCAAAAUAUAGCACACUGGACUUUCGCCUGAUGAUUGUUCUUAAAAUAGCUCUUUUGCAGACACUUAACAAUUAACUGAUUUCAAACCGAGGAAGGUUAGGAUCGAGUCCAUUUAUUAUGGGAUAAACAACAAGAGACCCACGAGGUCCAAACAGAGGAAACCGAGAUUUACAAAAUCUUGAAGUUUUUAUGUUUAUAGGGUGUAUACUGAGCGAGAGUAGAAGGCCUAAACGUAAUAAACACAGUAUAAACGACCCUAAAUGUAAUAAAGUCCUAAAUGUAAGAACAUUUUGUCCCAAAUGUAAAAAAUUCUUAAGUUGCAAAUUACAUUAAUUACUCAAAUAAGCAUCACCCUCAAAUAAGCUCAGCAUUUGGGGGAUUAAAUAAGCGCCGCGGCGUUUAUUCGCGUAAAUACGGUACUAAGAAGUAUUACUAUGGUUUUAAGCGCUGCCCUCAAGUAAGUGCCGCAUUUUUGGAGAAAAAAAUUUAGUAAGCUUUGGUACAUUAUGCACUGUGUAACAUGACGUUUACAAAUAAAUUGCUUGUAAAAGGACAAAAUAAAAAAAGACUUGUAAGCCUUAAAACAUUUUUCAUACUUCAUUUUUGUUAAAGAAAUUUACUGCAAAAACCGUGGACGAAGAUCCUGUUGCUUGUCAACGUUGGAUCUCUAGAAAAGAGAUCUAAUCAGCUAAAAUAUUAAGAACAAAAAACGAGAAGUCUAAGGGCCUCUUUACAUGGAGAUGGGGGACCCCAGGUAGGUGAGGUAACACGCUUUGGUGGGGAACCCGCCUGUCCACAUAAUCUCUCAUUUUAAUUUGAUCACGUUUACAUGAUAGGUGGGGUGACCCCCCGCAUGUUACCUCACCUAUCUGGGGCCCCUACCUCCAUGUAAACACGCCCUUAAAGACUAGAGCCCAGCUGAUAACAACGUUUAUAAAUAACUAAGAUAAUACGCGUCGCGCUCUGAUUGGCCGAGAGAUGUGUUUGCAUGAGAGUAUGUAAACAUAUGUAGAGUCAAGAUGUUUUGUUCUUCGCGCGCUACUCACACAAGCACGAAUUUUAAAAUGUUUUUGAGUUGAAAACUCGACAAAUUUACUUUAUUUACCCAUUCCCCUCGGAUGAAACUUGGAAAAUCUUUACAAACAUGCUGUGCCCANUGAGGAGUCAUCACCCCCCGACAUCUACACUCUUUCACUAAUCGACCUCUUUCCAAUCUUCCAAAAACGCGGGUUUUAUUUGAGUCGGGUGCUUAAUACCAUAGUAAUACCACUUGGUACCGUAUUUAAAUGAAAAACCGCCGGGGCGCUUAUUAACUCCCCACCCCCCCCCCCCCAAAUGCGGCGCUUAUUUGAGAGCGCACUUAUUCGAGUAAUUACUGUAAUUGGCAACUUAAGAUAGGGCAAAUUAUUAUUACAUUUAGGACAAAAUGUUAUUACAUUUAGGACUUUAUUACAUCUAGGGUCGUUUAUUACAUUUAGACCUUCUGCAACGAGAUACAGCCAUUCAAAAACUCCAAUAUUUACUAAGAAAUACAUGCACGUCCGGACGGUGUCGGGCAAUCCUUAAAUCUCCUUGUAAAUUUUCAAGUUUUAAGAAGCUGUAUCUUGUUUACCAGUUGGCCCGAUUAGCACCAAACUUCAGAAUUCUGUAAAUCUCGGUUUCCCCUUUCUGGCAAGUAAUUCAUGUUAGUCUACACAUAGUCUCCUUACCCCAGUGCUUGUAACUGUGCGGGUAUAAUAACAUAUUGCACUAUAUAUAAGGGUGACUACAUGGAGACUACCAUGAAUUACUUGCCCUUUUUGUGACCUUGAAAGUUUCAUGUUGUUUAUCCCAUAAUACACGAACUCGUACCAACCCUCCUCGGUUGUAAACAAGGCAAUGACCCGAACGUUUGCGAAUCAGCAACAUCAAAGCAAUACGUACCUUCUCUCUCUCGAGGUCUAAUUGGCUCGUGCAGUUGUUCCGUCGGCCCUGAUUGGCCGACAGUCCGAUCUGUAUUUUUCACUUCUCUAAGUUUGAGUUUAUUGCGAAAUAAAGCGAACUUGGUUGAGUUAGGGUAAGGAGACCUGGAACUAAUAUAGAUGUUUGUAUUUAGUUACAACCAUUUAAAUAUUUUUUUCAAAAAUCGAAUUUAAGAAAAUGCUUAGGUAUACAAUAUUUGGACUGGCCAAUAGCAGUCUUCAUCAACUUGACUCUAUUUCACGUUGUUUGAUCAGUCCCUGCAAAAGUCUUCUUGACUGUAACGUUUUCAAUUUUAUCUAUUUUGACUGAGGUAUACAAUAUUUCGACUGGCCAAUAGCAGUCUUCUUCAACUUAACUCUAUUUCACGUUGUUUGAUCAGUCCCUGCAAAAGUCUUCUUGACUGUAACGUUUUCAGUUUUAUCUAUUUUGACUGAUCACGAUCUUUUUGGAUCCGACGUUGAGCAAGAUUGUUCGUACACGGUUUUUGCAGUGGUUUUUGUACCUUAACUAAACAGUCUUCAUCAGGUUUAUUAGGAAAAACCACGAAUAUACAGAAUAUAUACUACCGUAAAAUAAUAAAAGGAAGUUACAUGGUAUUACAUAAGGUGUGUGUAACUACCGCUAGUUUUCGGUAGUUACAUCCAAACAGCAGUUUUAGAACACUUUCUCAGCAAUUGCAACUCUGUUUCCCAUAUGUUACUUAUCCCAGUUGAAACACUUAGAUAUGAACGCGAUUGUCUUAGGAAAGCACGUGAGGCGAACCUCAUUCAUAAAGCCAAAAACAUCGAGCCUCUGGGAAUGAACAAACGUGACGAAUUAUUAUCAUUAUGCAGGGGCACCCAACGAGAAUAUAGUUCAAAACCACUUUAACAUAGCAUUGUUAAACGUAUUUUAGUAUUUAAACGGUAGAUAUAGGCAUAUUUUUAUCUCUUAAAAAUUUUUCAUCUGUUCGGAUUUCCUAGCUGAAAAUCUAGUGAUCCGAAAAUUAUAGGGAUCAAAACUUACCUUUUCGAAAAUUCUAGCCAGAAACAAAGGCUCCCGAAAAUUCUAGGUGACCUUUUUAGGGUAAAAAUCCGUUAAAAAUAGGCAAUUAUACCAUUUUUCAGAUGUUCGAAAAUCCUAGGAGAGGCAGGCAAGCAAGAAAUUUUACAACAAAUGUUCCGAAAAUUCUAGAUCGCAGAUCGUCUUCCGAACAGAUAUUUUCCGAAAAUUGUCGUUGGGUGCCCCUGAUUAUGUAAUCUUUAUCUUUUCUUCGGUUUAUUUUUCUUAGCAGCCACACCUUACCACGUCAUACCAUGUAACUCCCGUUUAUUAUUUUACAGUAGUAUAUAGUCUGUAUAUUCGUGGUUUUUCCUAAUAAACCUGAUGAAGACUGCUAUUGGCCAGUCAAAAUAUUGUAUACCUCAGCCUUUUUCACGUUGUUUGAUCAGUCUUUGCAGUAGUCUUUUUGACUUUAAUUCUAUUUUUAUCUUUUCCGACUGAUCACGAUCUUGUUUGAUCCAACGUUGAGCUUCAUUGAUCGUUCACGGUUUUUGCAGUGGUUUUUCAAGCCUCAGUUUACAUUAUUUUUAAAACCUUAACCGGCAGCCGACCUUUUAGCCAAAGCCUUUAGCCUACCAUUUUUUCUUGUAGACAUCAAUGAAUGCCAGGGUGGCCACAGUUGUCAGCAAAAUUGCGUCAAUAGACCUGGAAGCUACUCUUGCACCUGUCGGACUGGAUAUGAACUGGACAAUAACGGCAGAACAUGUUCUGGUAGGCCAUUUCAAGAAUGAUAAAUCUGUGAUCAAUAUGGCCAUCGGUUACUUGACAAGGUCGUAAAACAUAUGGUGCUGCAACAACCACUCCUAACUCCUUUAAAACCGAUUUACUACCAAUAGGAUAUUUUAACAGAGCCAUGUUUUCGGACGAUGUGAAUUGCAAAAAAGUCCUUUGUUCAGCACCCUGCAGCCUUUUCGUUGUUUUGUAGCUAGACCACUUAGAUAAGUCUCUAAUCCUUUUAAUCCGCAGAGGUAAACGAGUGUGCCCAGCCUAUUUGUCAGUACAAGUGUAACAACACAGUUGGCAGUUUCUUUUGCACUUGUCCUCAAGGAUAUCUACUUACGACUAACAAAAGGGAUUGCGCAGGUAAACUCAAACACAAUAUGGAGAGAGUAGCCUGCCUGGCAGGCGCAAAAAGGGGAGGGGGAGGGAGAAAGGGAAAAUCCCCCUCCCCUUUUUCCCUUCCUCGCUAUCCCCUACCCCCUACCCCUUUCGACGCCUGCUACACAGGCUAUGGAGAGAGGGAAGUCCCAUGGGCAUUGCUCCGCUUUUCCAUAGAUAAAUCAUGUCUAGAUCAGCGAUGAGUUUAACAUCAGGUUAAUUUUCAAGGAAUGAAUGCGACGCAUUCGAUCAAGCUCGACCUUUUCAAGAGAGUAUGCAUUUCCAUCACAGCUGUCCAUCAUCAUAUCUAAAGCCGUUUUGGAGGGGUUUCCUUCCCUGGAAUAACCGUUUUGAAUAAAAAGUUGGACUUAUUUUCCCUUUGCGUUGAUGUAAAAGUGAUCCAGAAAAUGGGAUAGGGUGCUUAUCUAUAUCAUAGUGAGUAGAAAGUACGAAUGUAGCCAAAUUGUUAACUCCGCAGAGGUCCUACUGAACCAAGAGUAUAAUCCUAAAAGGUCUACUAAUACAACGAAGAACGUAAAUCCCCGACAUUUCUUCCCUCCUUUACUUUUUUAUGCUACUUCUUGUAACAAAGCCCCAAAAUUAAAAGGCUUGUUACCAGAAUCGUCUAUCCCAUAAAAGUCGCCAAAAAAUAUCAGACUCAAAAUUAUUCUAAAAGAGCUUUAAAUUGCGAACCCAUAAAAGGACUUCAAGGCUCCUAAUGACUAUUAUAUCGCAUCGUACCUGGGAAAAGUGCCCACUGGGUUUUCAAAAUAUGACACUAGAGUGACUAGAUGAUACUAUUCCCUUGAUCUGAAGGUAAUUGUUCGUCCUUUUUUCUAGAUCAUGACGAAUGUACGACGGGGAAUCACACUUGUGGACAGCUGUGUGUGAAUCACCCCGGAGCCUACACUUGCACGUGCCACACUGGCUACUCACUCAACAAUGAUAACCGCUCCUGUUCAGGUUAUACGAAAUACAUUUUGUUUUUAAAAAACACAUUACAUUCUCCGUUGCAGACGAAGCACUUCAUAGAGGCGUGCGGUAAUCUUUAUAUGGGUAAGCCCCCGACUUUGAGCUUUAGCUAUGCCAUCGCGUUGUUUUCUUACACAAGAACUGUCUAAAACUGUCUCCUUCCGCCUAGGUGUAUAAAUGGGUACCGCUGACAUACUGCUACGGUUAGCCCCACGGGGAACUGACAUCCCGUCUAGUGGAGAGUAAUUAUAUUUCUAGGUGUUUUCUACCACUAAGAUUUGCGUAACGCAAACUAUCUUUUACUAAAGAAGCAAACAAUGUUGUUUAACUAUGUCAACCUAUCUUAUGACCCUCAGAUGUCGAUGAAUGUAAGACAGGUCUGGCAGGAUGUCAAUACCAAUGCAGAAACACGAAUGGUAGCUUUCAUUGUAUUUGCCCGACUGGUUACUUCCUUAAUCCUGAUAAUCGGACCUGUUCUGGUAGGCAUAGACUUUGGUUUGUUACAAGAACGCAAGUCGUAGUAACUAUAUUAGUCUGCCCAGAAGAAAGAUAAUUUUAGGGUAGAGCGGUAUAAAAUACGUAAUACCGCCUAAUAUAGUAUCCACUGACAUCAGAAAGUUCCAGCGCACGUUCGAGGAACGAUACCGACCACGGCGAUAUGACAUCAACAAUAUAUUAUAACCUAAUUUACAAACACAAUCAGGAUUGUUUCAGAAAGUCGUACUUCAUUAUGACUGCCAAGUUAUGGAACCUUUUACUGUGCGAGUUCAAAUUAGCCAGUAAUUCGUUAACAAUGUUCAAAACUAGCUUUUUCAGUUUUACCUUUCAAAACUUGAGACCUAUUAUCCUCCAAUGUUGCAACCUUUAAAACUGUCAUCUUAGCUUCUAUUGUCUUGUAACUCGAGGGAUUUAAGUUGCAAUCAGGACGAAAGUUCUGUUCCUAUCUCCAGCCACCCCACCCCCCGCCCCUUAUAUCCCUUUGGUUUGUCUUUCAUUUGUUAACACUCCUUUUGUUGUUAUUAUUCAUCAUUGUAAUUGUUGUGGCGAAUGUAUUAAACUAAACUAAAGUAACUUAACUUACUCUCAGCCUUACAAAAGAAAAACAAACAUGCCAGGAAGUGAAGAUGGGAGCCAUUUACCCUACCACAUUUACUUUCCGUUCUCGCCUCUGCCGCACGCUCACUCCUGUUGCUGAAUUCUAAUCCCCCUUGCUUAUUCCCAUUCUGUGUGUUACCUAUUUAUGUCACCGCGAAGGCGUAGUUCUCAUGAAUGGUACUUUUCUCCAGAUCAUAAUGAGUGCAAAAAUGGCCAGCACACUUGCAGUCAAAUCUGUGGUAACACUCCAGGUAGCUACUAUUGCGCUUGCCGACCAGGGUACUAUCUUGAUGGCGACUUUAGAACGUGCAAAGGUAUGCGCAACAUGUCAUGAGGAUCAGGGGCGUACCAGGAUUUUUCAAAGGGGGGGUCACAUACAGGGACACCAUCUGGGGAUCGCCGACUAUAUAUGGUUUAUACGGCUGCUCUCCCUCGUGUAUCAGCGGGCUCAGUUGAAUCAUCGCGGCAUGAAGGCCUAUAUUAACUAAAGACAACAGCCGUUGACGAAAAUACGUUACAGAAAAACAAAUUUUAAAAAAGUGGGCUUUUCAACAAUGGCUUUUACGGCCAAGAUAUUGUCAUGGCGUUUUCGCCACCUGAAUAUUGUAGGUUGUUUGCUCAAAAGAAGGCCUACCAAGGGGGGGUCACGGGCACCCCAGGACCCCCCCCCCCCAGCUACGCCCCUGAGGAUAUUACUAUUUUAGGUCAAUUUUGUGCUUAAGUCAUUAAUUAGUGCCUUUAACCGUACAUAAAAUGCUGCUGUAGAGUUAUGAUAUCAAAAAAAGAUAUCAAAAAAAUUUCAUCACGAAGCAUUAACCAUAAUAAUUGUUUAGGUGACUUUUCAGGCAUAGCAUUAAAACUUUAAAAAGUUGGCUCCUUUUUUUCAAGUCUCAAUCCAUGUCCAUCCUUACCAUAGUAAUUAAUAAUAAUUUACCAAUUUAUAUAGCGCGUAUUUACAUGUGAUGAUCAAUAGCGCUUUACAAUCAUAUGUUUAAAAGAAAACGAAAAUACAUUACCGUGAGAAUAAAAUAAACUAAGUUACAAACUAUAAAAAUACUUCUUGAAAAGAUAGGUUUUAAGUCGAGAUUUAAAACUGUUAAGUGAUGUUGCUUGACGAAGCUCCACAGGUAGCUCAUUCCAGAGUUUCGGAGCUGCUGCUGAGAAUGAUCUUGCUCCCAAUGUUGUAAGCAUCUUUCCCUUGGGAUGGUCCAAUAAGAGCUUACCAGUAGACCUAAGAUUAUAUAAUGAAUUCUAUUUUAUACUAAUAAGACCAUCCGUAGCAGUAGACAACAGGACACAGACACAGCUUCACUGCCUAAUUUCAGUCUUAAAUAACAAAUCUGGACCAUUUUUUUUGGAAUUCAAUUGAUGCGAAAAACCUUUUUAGCUUUUUAAAAGGAUAGCAAAUAACAUGACAUAGCUCCUUUACGUCAAUUAUUCUCUGUAACGCUAUCAACCUAGGACUGCUAGGAGGCUUCAAGAAAAGUCCGAUGAAGGAAAGAGCAAGGGAUUUCCUCUAAAUUACUGAUUCUUAAAAACCUAAAAAAGCGUUUGUAUCAGAUUGUUUUGUAUAGCGUUCCAUUAUUUAGUUAACUUGCAAAACGGUUCAUGAUGUUUGUGACGCAAUACCAUCGGAGGAAACUAUUUGGUCCACGACUAAAUCACCGUUUUAAUUUUUAAAAGUGUCAAUAUUGCAAUCUGGCCUUUUCUUUUCAACAAUUUUCUUUUAUCGUGUCGCUAAUGAUGAUUUAAAUUAAUUUCUUUACCAGGGUAUCCGUGUUCGUCCCUAUCCCAACCAGUCAAUGGAUACAUAAAUUGCACUGGAAACACAGUGGACAGUGUCUGUCAGUUUAGCUGUCAACCUGGGUACGAACUAGUAGGAUCAAUGCUACUCACAUGUUUGAUCGAAGCCCAAUGGAACGGAGUUCGUCCAGUUUGCAAAAGUAAGCCUACAAAACUUGCAAUACGUAAAAGGAAAAAAUGUCUUGCAGUGUACAAGUCCUGUAAACUGUAUAAAUAAACGUGAGCGAAACCUAGUUAUUCACUCUCGAGUGUUUCUUUGUUCAGGAGCACUAGCGUUAGAGAAGUGCUGAAACGUAAGGGCAGUAGUAGGUUUUCAUCGAAAUCGACGAAGAAAGGCUUUCCCCAUUCUGUAAUAAUCACAAAUUAACUUCACCACAACUUUGAAGAACUCUUUCGGACCUACCGGGAUGGUAAACAUUGAUUCAGAAUCCACUUAUCUAAACCUUUGGUAUAUCUUAAAACCAAGGCAGCGAGAAAUUAACGCCCCAUGAAAUUAAGGUAUUGGAAAUUAACGCGACUUAAAUUAACGCGAAUUUAAUGGAAAACAACUUUCGAAUAAAGAAAAUUAACGCGAAAGAGGAGGUAGAAUUUCAAAAUAAAGGAAAUUAACGCGAUUAAGACACGGUUGGUGGUGACAACUGGACACAAAUUUAACAAAUAUUGUAAACCUUCCCCUUAGCUUUGUUGAAAGAUGAAAAAUAUAGGAUAAAUGGAAGGAAAGAAAGCUCGUAGGUAAUGUUUUGUAGGUGUCAAGAAUGUCUAGACAGGUUCCAAAAUUGGGGGUAAAAUACUGGAAAUUAAGAGCGCGGAAUUUAGCGCUGCACUUAAUUAACGUCGCGGAAAUUAACGCUCAACAAAAUUAACGCGACUUAAAUUAACGCGAAUUUUAACGAUUCGCGUUAAUUUCAUGGAGCGUUAAUUUCCUAUAAUAAGGCAUGAAGAUUAUGGAUUACAGCCAGCAAUGCUUUCAUAAUUACUCAUCAAUUUUCUUUUUCUCUGAUUGCAGCAAAGCAAUGUAAAAGACCUAAGCCUCCUUCCAAUGGCUUUGUCAAAAUUCCCUGCUCAACCACAUACAAAGGAAAGUGCUCCUUUGAUUGUCGCUCUGGGUAUUUCCUGAAUGGCAGCAAAACCGUUUCAUGCUCAGCUGACUCCACAUGGAUACCCACUCCUGGCAACUGUGACGGUAAGGAAUAUGAGCUUCCAGGUAUUCCAUCCUUAGGAUGUGACCGCUCUAGAUUACAUGAUUAAUUAAUUGAUUAAUGUUUUAAUAUCUGAUUGACCAUUGCAGCUAUAACAGUUUGUCGUCCCAACCCUUGCUUGGAUGGAGGCGUGUGCCACCCUCUCAACAGCACUGCUUUUUGGUGUAACUGCACAGGCACUGCUCACAUUGGCAGCAAAUGCCAGGUCGGGAUUUUCCGCAAGCCAAAUUACCCCCGACUUGAGCAGAAUAGCAGCUGGAACUUUACUUUUCAGUUGUCUCCACCAAAAGAGGAACUGACAAUCACAUUUAACUCAGUAGGAUUGGAAUUGCAUCCUCGGGAUCUGGUCGUUGUUCCAGUAAAACUUGAGCGAGGAAGACUGUACAUCUUUAACAUGACUGUCACAGCACGUCUCCCAGGCAUCCAUCAGAUCACUUACACCCUUUCUGGUGCUACAGCCAAGGAUUACCAAACAGUGUUGCCAGACACUGUAAUUGUUCUUCAGAAUGGCACAUCUUGCAACGAAACUGCCAACAUCAGUUUCCCAAAGGGCUGUCAUGAAGUUUCUCUUUAUGAGUGCCCAAAAGGGGGUAGUUUCCUUUACGCAAAAUCAACGGAACCAUGGUUACGGUCACUGAGACGAGUAAGCACAGACGGGGCUGUCUCUAUUGUAUCUGGAAAUCUUACAUUACCACUCGGCUUGCGAGGAGCAGCCCUUGACAAAAUAGAUCGCUUUACCGUUUCAAGAGCCACAGGGCAAUGCUUUGACAAAACCCCUAAAAACCUUGAAUGUCUUCCCUCAGAAACGUUAGGAACUGUUUUUCUUCAAUCCCUAAAUACCAGCUUACCCAGCUGGCUCCGUUUAACUCCGUCGAAAACUUUUUCGACUCUUGAGCCAAAUGACGUUAUCACUUAUAUUUGGACGGGACUGGAACUGAAAAGCGUCUUGAAGGGUUUGGGACUUUCACUAAAUGAUCACACCUACUACUCUGUCCUUUUGUACACUGGUGCCAUAACCGUUCAGGUCAACGGGACUUCUGUAAAGCUGCCAAAAUAUGGCAAAAAUUCGUUCCUUCUGGCCGCUGUGGAGCUUUGCUUAGAUGCUCUUCCCUCCAAGGUCGUUCUUGCCUUCAAUCCGCAAUCGUAUGUUGCCCUAAAAAAUAUGCCCAUGUACCAGGAACUUGCAACUAAAGGCUGGAACAUCUCUGUCCUGGCAAUGCAGUUUUUUGGACAAAGAACAACGAGCUAUUCGGUAAAUGCAGGAAAUAGAGGGAAUGUUCUCAUACCUGGCAACCUGGAACUCUUUGGAAGAGUAGAAAAGACUAUUUGGGGGUCUCAUCCCAUCCAUUCUAUCAAAGUGAGCUUAGUGGGAAAUGCUGUUAUUGGCAUUCAGGAUAGCAGCAAUGUAAGUUUGAACAAAAGUAAGCCUGUCUAAAAUAUACAUAAUUAAAACGAUGGAGCGUGGCUGCAUAUGAGCAGUUCCAAAACAACACGCACAAAAUUCAAGAUUUACAUAUUUACAUAUCACUUUAGGUCCAAAUCACGUUCUUGAAUCACGACAACAGAGGCUGGUGUUAUUUUGGACAAAUUUGAGUACGCUGACAAGAAAGUGUUUCAUGGCAUAGAGAAGAGGACUUAUUCAUUUUUUCUUCUCUCUCUUUACAAAAGCUUCGAUAGGAACACUGUAUACGCGGAAUUUUACGUUAAUUUCAAACGCCCCUCUAAAAUUAUUUCUUAUUGCAAAAGAGAUCUCUUCAUUACGUCCACGAAUCACCUCGGACCGGACCUCGGACCACGAAAACUCAAUGACAAGUUAUUUGUCGACGGCUAUAUAUCUUCAGCACUACUAGCAUGCCAAAACCUAAGACUAACACAGUGUUAUUAAAACACAGGUGUGGGUCAAAACUCCAAGUUCUUGGACGGCUGGCUUUCGAGGACAAACGACUGUGUCCCUAGCUCUUUCCCUUCUGAAGCAACAGAUGACAUUAAACAUGUCAUUGUAUAGGUCCUCGGGAAAAGUGCAAUACCAAGGUCAGUGUGCACGGAGACGAUUUUGCUGGCCCUCUAUUUGCUUAUCUAUCAAGAGUAAGAAUGAAAUCACUAAAGUAAACAAUCACACAAAGACGAACCGAUACUUUACUAUGGUAGGAUGCGUAGCUGGUUUCUGCUAAGAUGUUAGGGACCUUCCUGCACUUACCUUGAAAAAAGUCUUUAUUGUUUUCGUCCUAAACGUUCACACGCCCGUUUUGGCUACGUUUUAGCUAGACAUUAACCUGCCAUAGAUCUUGUGACUUCGAAAACGUUUUAGUGAUUCUAGAUUAACCUGAACUUUCACUGCUUUGGUUCAAUGAAAACCUAAACAGGCAAAAACAUUUCAGUUUGAAACUUGCAAAAUACAGUUGAACCUCUCCACAUCGGCCACCUUGGGGAGAGGGUUCCCAAUAGGUUUUCCAGGAUGCGAGAUUUCCCUUAUUUGAAGCUCGGGAUUCAGGAUUUUACAGCAAAAUCAGGGAGGGAUUCGGGAUUGAAAGUAUGCGCGAGAGGUGGGAUGCCAAAAAUUACUCUCGGGAUUACGGGAUUGCUCGAAAUCUCGGGUCGGGAUUACGAGAUUGAGAAACCCUACUGGGGACCUUGUGGAGACAGAAGAACGUGGCCGUUGUAGAGAAGUUUAAACAAAAGUCAAUGUAUGGACUUUCCGCUAAAAAAAUGUGGCCGUUGUAGAGAGGCGGCCGUUAGUGAAGGUUCAACUGUAAUAUAUAUUUCAACUUUUAUCAGAGCUUUCGCAUGUGAUCCAAACGGGACAUGGUUGGCGGUUGAUUCACUUUAACACAUGUGUAAUGGCCUCAACAGGUUGUCCCCACGUUAAUUCUCGCGGGAAAAGUCAAAUAACCUUUUCUGGGGCCAAUGAGCGCCUAAAUUUGAGAUCAAGAUUGUUUUAAAAAAUCCUGGACAGGGUCCAAGGACCGUUUAGGAUAGCUGUUUAAGAGACCACGUACAAUCAGCAACUACGACCGUGACGAAAAUGUACCGCAGAUCAUUAUCGGGGAAGUCACCGCCGGUGCAUGUGUGAUUUCUAUAGUGAACGCAAAGUCACAGCAUGUCUGUUCUUAAGAAAUUUUUCUGUGCAGUGGAUUUACCUUGAGAAUCGUUUUUUUUAAAGUAUGAAAUCUUACGUUUUAUUUUUAACAGAGUAUGAAAACUACACAUCUUGCAAGUUCAAAGAUACAUACGAAAUGUCCCUGAACGGGCUCUUGCAAAAAGAUCCCUUUACGUCUACUCUGCUUGGCUCUUUCAUAGAAAAUCCUAAUAGCAAUGUUACGUUGUUUGCCAAAUCUCACAAUUUGAAUAAUUCCUCGUCAACCUCGAAAACAGCCAUGCAUUUGGAGCUUUACGUAAAUGGGACCGUUAAGUUUGGACCACUGAAGUUUCCCAACGUGACCAUUAAGACGGAAAUUGCUGCUAAUGAAAAUUUUAAACGAUGCGGUGGUGAAAGGAAAGCUCAGGAUCUGAAAUUGUCAGCAAGAUUCAACCAGACGGCAGCCUUAGGAAGAUUCUUCACAACAUCCCAAUCGGAUUCUGUUGAAAUAUUUCUACCUUUUGACAGCCAGAACAAAUCUUAUGGAAUCAUUAACGCAACAGUGUCGAUACUGGGUGACUCGUUUGAAUCGCAAGUGACAAUUUCAAAAACCUCUGCUAGUUUUAAAAGAGACAUCCUCUUGUUCAAUGUUUAUCGCCUAUUCCUAAGUGGCUCAAGUCCACUACAGCCUUGGGAUUAUUUACUUCUAAAGGUUACCGGGAUAUUUGGAAGAUCCAAUGUAGGAGGCGCGAAUGAUGCAUUAGAAGAUGUCAUCAAAGGAAUGAUAACGGAGUACAUUCAAGUUAUUGUCGAAAAUACCGCACAACGGCUAGUAGCCCUAAAAAAUAUCGAUAAAAAAAUGAGCGAAAGACUUGAAAAAAGUAAAACUAGACUUCUUCUUUCCGAAAAUAGGACUAGUUUGGCCAUCACAAAAUACCUCUGGGCAUUGAAAUUCCAAAAGGCCGCUUUGAAGGAGGUUACUGCCGCCGAGAAAAAUGUAUCCGUGAGUAACCAAGAUGUCAACAAACUCAAAUCAUCACUCGAACGACUAUGUUCUGUAACUACAUGUCCUUAUGUCUGUGUUGCUGGAACAGCAUGUAAUACUUGUUACAAUGACCUCAUCAGCGAGGAACAAGGACUUUGCCCUGCAAUCUGUCAUAAUGUCCGGAAGGAAAGGCUUCCUCCAUACAAGGAGAUGGCAACCUGCUUGGAAGAGGAAUGCGAUCAUUCGGGAGGUGAUUUCUUCUCUUUCGUGGGCUGUAAUUUUGAGAAAGGUCUUACAACAGCAGCUAAGGCAGUUGUUACGUAUGGGCUAGUGUCUGUAGGCGUUCCACCACAAGUUGCAUAUCCAAUAGCCAGCGGAACGGUUGAGUAUGCUGUCACUGGAAGCGAGGAAAAAGCGGCGGAAUCUGCAGCGAGAGCUGCUCUAUGGCAAGUCGCUGACUCGUACGGUACACCCUAUGUCUUUGGGCCAGGCGAUCCCAAAAAUCCUGGUCCUGAAGUUCCUGAUGGGGUUGUCGAAGGAGUGGUCGAUGCAGUCACUGGGUGUAACGAUGAGGGUGAAUGGAAAUGCAAGGUAGAACGUAAGCCUUGUGAGAAGAAUGUCUUCAAUUAUAAGUUUACAAACGUACCUUACUCAUGUGAGAUUUCAUGCAAAGUAAACGUUAUAAAAGAAACUGUUGCCACCCCUUGUUGCAAAGAGGUAAACUGUGCAUCGCGGAUGAAGGAGUUGAGAUGCAAGGAAAAAAAUGUUUUUUGCCGCAAGGCUAAAGAGAAGGCCUUGUCCAAGCUUAAUGCGGCAAAAAGGGAUCUCUUUAAACCAGUUACGAAAUUACAAAAGGCAGAAAAGAAACUCAGAAUUUCCGAGAUUGAACUUUCUAAACGAAAGAUUGAUUUGGAAGCCGCUUCCAGCGAACGCAGUAUCCUUCAAAGAGUACAUGAUGCUGUCGCAAAAGCCAGUAACAUCUCACAAAGGGCGAAUGCUGAGAAUCGCGCUUUAAUAAAAGACGCAGUUGCUUUGGCACGACUAUGGAAUAGCACCAAUCAAACAUGUCCAGUUUAUAUAAGGGAAAUUUCAUUCGAUGUUACCUUUUCCUCACCCCACGAAACUUCAAUACCAGUGAUGUUCAAAAUAGCCUCCAAGGACACAGAGAAAACGAUCUUUCCAGUUCUCAAUUUUGCAUCAUUUAACGAUUCCUUGCAACAAAUAUCAAAACAAAUAGUCAGAGAGCUUUUUGGUAACGUUAGCGUUAUUCUCCGUUCCGGGCAUCCAUUAAAUCAGAUUUCUUCAGCAAAACGGACUGAAAGAAGAAAGCGAGCCAUUGACGAAGGCAAAGCUUAUGUAACAAAUCUGAUUGAAUUCAAGAAAAAAUGUGCACUGGUUACAAACUAUCAACACGCCUUGACUGACAUAAUAAGUUCCCUUUUUCAGAUCUCUACACAGUCAUUAAUGACUUUCAAUAAUGUCACGAAUAAAACCAUAAGGCAACGGCAUGCUGAAGCCCAUGAUUUUACAAUCGACAUGACACAAGCUGCGGAGUUUGGGCUCACCGCUAAAGAUUUGAAGGAAUCUAUGAAGGCCGUGUCAUCAGACGAGGAGGUUAUAGGUGCAGUUGACUUAAUUGAACUAAGAAAUGCUACAAAUCACGCUAAGGUGCAAACGGCGAUAGAGGUUGUUUACAAAGACUGGGAAGCGAGUAUGGAGAGGGUAUUUAACGGCACAUCACUGGAAUGCAAUGGUUUCGUGGAUUGCAUGGAAGACUUUGUGGACAACUGGAACUAUCUCUACCAAGACUCAACUCUCCCUGAGGCAGUCAGGCUGAAGAGAAUAUUAGCAGCACUCGCGAUGGAAGUCAAAGCCCUUGUUUCACUUGAAGACCUUACAGUGGCCGACGCUGCCGAGAGAUCCUCUAGAAUUCUUCAGAUUUUGCAAGACAUGAAGAAUGAAAAAAUUUUCUGUGCGGUCGCCCCCAACAUUACAAAUCAUCCAGAAGUGAUGAAAGACAUGAAAACUGGGCAGACGCUCGAGUUGACUUGCAAAGCCACCGGAGACCCCGCGCCAUCUUAUCGCUGGAAGAAGAAUGGCGUGCUUCUGCUAGAAAGUGACGCAGAGAAUCUACGAAUCGAAAAAGUAACAACAAAAGAUAGCGGUAAUUAUACAUGUGAAGCUUACAACCACGUGAGUGUGGAAACAUCGACGCCCAGUUUAGUUCUGGUACACCCACCUCCAACCCUGGUACAUCAGCCUCCAAGUAAGCUACACAUUCCGAUCAACACCGGCUUUUAUUUGCGCUGUAAGGCAACCAGCUUGGUUCGACCACUUCGCUAUCAGUGGCUUUUCAUGCCCUUCGAAGCGAAUGGAUACAGAAUGGUUGAAAAUGGCAACUUUUCCGUUUUGAAGUUCACAUCAGUCCAGAAUCAGGAGGAAGGAUUUUACAAGUGUAACGUGUCCAAUCCUUUCGACUUCACUUUGUCUCAUGAUGUCCACGUCAGAGUUCUUGGAUUUUCUUUGGUGGUGCCUUCGUUGGGAUUAUCGUUUGAGAUAGUUGGUAACUACAAAAGUCUUCAAGAUUCUUAUGAAGUAAACUAUCAGAUGGAUAUUGAUAACACUCCCUUACACGACAACGAACGUUUUCAGUUAGACGUACAAUUUUCUUUUAAAAGAGUGGUAAGCAACUUGGCGAACCUUUCCUCUAAUGCAGUGAGGAAUCUCACUAUACAUGACUGCAAAAGCAACGACCAGAAAAACGUCUCUUGCAGUGCAUCCUUGAGGUUGCUCAGCUUAAAUGUAACAGGACCAGAGUCGACUAACAGAACCGAGAGGGAGAACGCUCGAAGUGUAAUGGAGUCUGUGAAUGUGAUGAAACAGUCAGUAGCUGUUCUGGUUAACGAGUCAAAUACUAGAGGAAUCAGCUUAAAUAUCAAAGAUGUGAGUCUGUACAUUGAUCCAAGCUCAUGGAAAACUGGAGAGUACAAAUCCAUGUGUCCUACUGGCACGAUGUUGUAUGUAAAUAAUUUCCUUUGCGGUAAGUAACUCUGUUGAGAUCCAAACUAUGUAAUCAAUAGACAUUUCCAAACUAAACUUGAAAAUCACGGACCAGUUAUGUUAUUAUUAUCACGCAAUGAAGUAAAAGGAACGCAAAAGCAGCAGCGGCCAUUGCUCAGCUUUGGCUAUUAUGUUUGUCCUGCCCUUAAGACACACUCAUAUCAUUUUUAAAAACCAACUUUGUGCAGGAGGCAGCAAAAUUGGCCGAGUUGUUCAAUCGCCCAAGAUUCAAAUCUCGAUCGCUUCGGCCACUAACUGGAGCAGUCACGUCCCCAGGGUCUUCUCGUUUUCCAAAAGACUCUGGGGUCGAGGUUGCUUACUGGGGCUGUUGUUCGAACUGGUUUACUCCCAGUCAGACGGGAGAUCAACCUACUGAUCCUAAUUUUCUGGUUUUUCAAGAAAAUUCUGUCAGUACCUUCACUCUUCAGAGACAGGUUUUUUAUUUCUCACUUUGGCAACGUUUCACCAGCUAUUACGUAAUUAAGGGAACAGGUCAUUUUUGAAUGUGCGCCUUUCAUUAUUCGUAUAUGCAAUUUCAGGACAAAUUAUUUUCAGUUUCUAUUCCUUUUUGACUUAUCUGAACUGUAAAAUGAAGUAUGUCAGUGGUUUGGAAUGAAAGAGGCAUUCCCUACGUUUCCAUUGUCCUUCAACGCUAGACUAAGUGAAAUUUAACAUUUAAAACCUGCUAAUGACCCGCCAGAUCUUUCGCUCCUUUCGAGCGUCGAGCCAAUAUAAGGACUUAAAAAUAAGUGUGGUAGAAUUAUCUUGAGCGCUCAGAUUUGGUUGGAGACUCGAAGUCGUAUUGAAACUCUUACUAGUAGACUAAUGUAAGGGUCCGCAUAAAGUUCUAAACUUUUUUUUUUACAGUGAACUGUCCAUCGGGUACUUAUGGUGCCUUAAAUGGGACAACGACGGCAUGCUUUCCGUGUCCUAUU